AUGCUGCCAUCAGACCUUAGAGACAAAUAUCUAGAAAGGACAAACUGUUUACCUCCUCCAAUUUUUAUCAUCUCCAUCAGUAUUGCUGAGCUGGCAGUAUUCAUAUAUUAUGCAGUCUGGAAGCCACAGAACCAAUGGAUCACACUGGAUGCUGGUAUUGCCAAAAGCCCCUUCACCUACGUACCAGAAAAAAGAGAGGAAGCCUGGAGAUUUAUAUCCUAUAUGCUGGUUCAUGCUGGUGUACAGCACAUCAUUGGCAACCUGUUUCUUCAGCUUCUUCUUGGAAUCCCAUUGGAGUUAGUUCAUAAAGGCCAUCGCAUUGCAUUGGUGUACCUAGCAGGAGUCCUUGGAGGAUCAUUAGCUAGCUCCAUCUUUGAUCCAUACCUAGCUUUGGUUGGAGCCUCUGGAGGAGUCUAUGCCUUAAUUGGUGGCUAUUUCAUGAAUGUCAUAGUGAAUUUCAAGGAUAUGGUACCAUUGUUUGGAAUUUUUAGAAUUCUGGUCAUUGUAGUAAUAGUUGGAACAGAUGUAGGAUUUGCUUUAUUUAGAAGAUAUAUUUCUAAAAUCGCUGGGCCAAGGGUGUCAUUUGUGGCUCACUUUGCUGGAUGUCUGGCUGGAAUGUCCAUUGGUUAUACAGUAUUUAGCUGUUUUGAUAAAAACCUGAUAAAAGACCCCAGGUUCUGGAUCUGCAUUGCUGCCUACUUAGCUUUUGUGGUUUUUUCAGUACUGUUCAAUAUAUUCUUGUCUCCUGCGCCUUAA